AUGCAGCUCGGCAAGGGCGCGCGGCCGGGCGGCGCAACAAUAUCUGCUGGCAGCUUGCCGCAAUUGGAUAAAGCUCUCGGUGAUCACCCAAUCAUGGCAGUUUGGACGGAGUACCUGGCUUUGGCGGUCGCCAUUGCGAUCCCCGUCGGAGGCGGGUUCCUAGGGUCACUCUUUAACGGGAGCCCAGACGAUUGGUACAAGCACCUAGACAAGCCCUCUUGGACACCCCCGGGUUGGGUGUUCCCCGUUAUGUGGACCACCUUGUACCUCUUGAUGGGCAUUGCCUCGUGGCUCGUGUAUAAGAAAGGAGGUUUUCAGGCGCAAUCACUCCCUCUGGGCGUCUACGCGCUGCAGCUUCUACUGAACUUCUCCUGGACUCCCCUCUUCUUCGGACUUCACCGAAUGGACAUCGCCUUUGCUGAGAUCAUCGCACUGUGGCUGUCGAUCGCUGCGACGAUCUACCUGUUCCACAGCGUGGAUCCGACGGCGGGUUAUCUGUUGACCCCGUACAUUGCGUGGGUCACCGUCGCUGCCGCCCUCAAUUGGACGAUUUGGUCCAUGAACCCGGGAAUGAAUGGAGUCGCCACGUCCGACCCUGCGUUCCGUGGCUUUGUAUCUUCAAGCUAGUCCUACUAGAAUCUUGUGAUUAUCCGUCUCUUGUGCAAAAGAGCAGUCUGCUCACAUUGAAUAGACACUCUGGCAACUUGGACCGAGAGCGGCUAGUUGUGCGCAUCUUGCACUGCACCAGGACCUUAGGACGACUGCUUGUAGACCUUUGAAGCGGGCAUGCAUCGGGUUCUGAUAAGAGCACUUGGUGCAGCUGUGCCGCGGCCGUACCUGUGGUCAACUGGCAGUACGUUUCAAUCUACUCUUAUAUGACCAUUCGGCGGCAGUUUGCAAAUGUUAAGAGGUUGCCAGUUUGCCGCUCCUUCAAUGUCUUAGUCGAAGGGACGGCGUGGGGUCCUUACUAAUUGUGCCCACA